CGUAACUGUCAAAUGAAACCUUGUGGAUCGUCUUUCUUUCUUGUUGACGUUUGUUCAAGACGAACGUUAUUCUUUCGGCAUUACACGUUUCGUGUCAAUUAGGACUUAAAAAAUGCGUUACGUGGCCGCGUAUUUACUGGCUGUGCUGGGUGGCAAGACCACGCCAGCUGCCGCUGACGUUGAGAAGAUCCUCAGCUCCGUCGGUAUCGAAGCUGACGGUGAGAAGCUUAAGAAAGUAAUCACUGAGCUCAACGGCAAGGAUGUUGAACAACUUAUUGCGGCCGGACGUGAGAAGCUGUCGUCAAUGCCAGUAGGAGGCGGAGCACCUGCAGCGGCCGCUGCAGCUGCCCCAGCUGCUGCUGCUGCUGAGGAGAAGAAAGAGGACAAGAAAGAGGAGAAGAAAGAAGACUCUGAAUCUGACGAUGACAUGGGCUUCGGUCUCUUUGACUAAACUUUACAAAAGUACGCGGCGCUGGUCGCUAUUCCAGUUUAUGUUUUAAGAGUAACAUGAGAUGGCGAGUGUGUUUCUAUGAAAUAUAUUUAGCUAAAAAA